GAUCCCCGCUGCUUGCGACAAAGCAGGCAGCAGCUGUACGGUGGUGGUGUGCGCGAGCGAGACAGAGCGCCCGUGUUUAUGCAGCCAUGGUCAGCGCGUAGAGUGCGCGCCCUCAGUACGGUGGUAUUCGUAUGCAGCAUCGGACGCAGUGUGCCUACACCGUCUCAGCAGCAGCAGCAAAAGCAACACCAGCAGCUAGUGUGAAAAUAGGGAAAGCGCACAGCUCGUCUAUGCUCCGUCUAUGCAUGCAGAGGGCCACCUAUGUUGACACCGUGUAGAGCACGCUUAACUUACCCUUCGUGCUAAGGGCGUGCGAGAGAGAGAGAGAGAGAGCAAGACACAGACACACUCAGCGCCAUCCUGCCUAGGCACAAAAGAUGUCCGAACAGUGAGAAUUCACGACAACAGCCACCACCACCACCACCACCACCACUGCUCCUUUUCCCAGCAACUCCCUUCACCAUCCCUCCCUCUCCCUCCCUAGUCUUUCGUGCGUGUGCGUGGGUGUGAGUGUGUGUUGUCUACGCAGCUCCGGAUCCGGAACGAGUGUGUGCUCGAACGAGGCGGACGCGACUGUCCCGGAAGAAGAACAACUCUCCCUUCCCCCCACAACAACAACAAAAAAAACAGACUUCUUCCGAAUGCAUACGGCGCAGUUACGUAGGUAAGGAUGGAGGGCAUAUGCAGAUGACUUGCCCGUCAAACCGGGCGCAGGUCAUCCACAACGUGCGCCAACCAACGGGUGUAAGCGUGUACCGGUGGGGGUUGACUUGUUUCGCGCGAGGGUACUUUUCCGCUGGCUAAACCGGACGCCCCACCGCACUGGAUGUGGCGUUCAGGUUUCGGCACCUUUGGCGCUGUUGCUAACGCCUGAUUGUUGCUGGCAACCCUGUAAAGAAGGGAAUAGAUGCUUGUCCUAGCUUCGCGAUGCAACGUAAUUGCAUGCAUCUCUCACUCUGUCUCUCAGACCGCCUGGUUAUCCGGAUCGGAUGCUAUUUUGAAGCUAAGCUGUGCGAGAUGUUGAAUCACACUAAUCAAUAUUUCACUGGCGACAGCGUCACGACAUGGAUUUAUUAUUUUUACUUUAUUCGCAGCACCUUCAACUGCGGUUCACCAACCGGCGCAAAAAGUGAGACACUUGCCAAGUGAAGCUAGGGCAGCAAUGAACAUUUUCGUGAGACCGUUCUAACGUCUGCACAAAGCAAAACAAUAAUAUUUUCCUACAUUUCAAAAACAACAAACAUAUAUCUAAAAAAAGAAAUAUCAACUCCGACAAUGUCCUCAUGAACAAGAUGUUUUUCUCUCGUUGCAAAUUUGCCAUUUUUGUACAGGACUUAAUAAUGUGAUUGUAUAUGUUUUAGUCAUUCUUUUACACUAUUUUCCAUGUUUGCAUCAGUUUUGCAUUAGACGACUGAGGUUCAUUAAAAGCUGAUUCCAGCUGGCAGAGUUUUGAGCGUUAGCAUUCAAAAUUCAAAAGUCAAAAUUUGUCAAUAUCGCAGAUCAUUUAGUCCAAGAUAGCCUUGGGUAGUAAUAAUUAUUGUUAUUUAGAAAAAGGAUAAUGAAAGAUAAGGAAUAUGGUUGAAAAGAAAGAGCAAGAGAGCAUUUAACGAGGAGUUAAAGUCAAAAUGAUCACAAUAGUGGUUAAAUCAUCUGAGACAGGGCAGAAAAGGAUCAUUAUGACAAUGGCAAUGUGUGUCGUGUUACCACGCCUAGAGGAGGACGGAGGCGGAGGAAGGAUUACAUGCAAUACUAGCGUAUUUCAAAAUUGGACGAACUAAACUGCAGUAGAGAGUUCUAGAAUAGGAAAGAUCUCCAAAAUCAGAUGAAACUUCAGUAUGACUCCCAGGGGUUGUAUUUGCUUUGCUUAUUACAUACCCAAACUGUUGCUUGAAGUUUACCUGGCAAUCAUGUGUAAUCCCAAGGUCAAGAAAAUACGUAACACGUGACAGAGAUACAUUUGAGAAGCUUAUAAUGAAAAAAAUAUGGAGAACGAGAGUGAGAAAAUGAAAUAAUGGAAUAUUUAUUGUGACAAAGGCAUAUGAAAUUAGUCGAAAGCCUGUAAGGGCAAAACAUAAAAGACUCAGCACGCUACCUUUUAGAACACCCGAAGUGCAAGCAUACCACAUAGAAAAUUGAGAGUUGAGUUUUAUACUCUAAAGAACCGAUAUUUUUGAUAAGAACGAAGCCAGGUUAUAAUUGAUGCCCGAAUGCCAAGCUUUACCAAUUUAGCUAACAGGAGAAAAUGUUGUAUGAUGUCAAAAGCUGCAUGGCAAAAUCUUGUAUAUUGUAUCUUGGCUUGAACCCAAUACGGGAGGAACCCAUGAGAGUUGACGACUGUACCAUGGGACCACCCCAAACUACAUUGAUAAAAAAAAACAUAUGGAUAGAUACAAAGUUCAAAUGCCUUAGAAGUUGAACAUGGUUGGGUUAUGCCAGGAUAAUUUGAGAUAUCAUGUUUAGGUCCUUUUUUGGGCACUUUUCCACAAGGUCGGAAAUAUUUGCAGCGAUAGCGAUAAGUUACAAAUCCUUGCUAGUGUAUCGCAAGAAUGCACCAAUACUGAGACAGGGAUAUCAGACCAGGAUCAGGGUUGUAGGAUUGUUUUAACCUAGAUAAUGCAUUAUCAACCAAUACUUUACUUACAGCAAUGCUAGGAAGUCUUAAUAUGUUUUCUAGCGUAUAGUUGAGGGCAUUUACAAAAAAGAUUGGGGUUAUCAAUCGGUUCUGAAAAAAUGGUUAUGCAAAUGAGUAGCGAAAAGUUCACAAUUGUCAGCAGGGUUAUUAGCUUCUUGGGUAUAAAGGAGCAUUUCGUUGGGUAACGUAUUACAGCUUCAACGAGACUUAACAAACCUCCAAAAGGCUGAACCAGAAGUCUAGUAAUGCAAGACAUUAUUAUUUCGAAAUUGUGUCCCUUUAUCUCCUGUCAAUCGGAAAAUGCCAGGUUAAUUUCAUUUGAACCUGUCUUCGCUUUUUCUUUGUUGACAUGGAAACUAAUGGAGUUAAUCGGUGUGCUUUCUUUCCUCCCCCUCUCAUUCCAGAGUCUAGUUGUGAUCUCAUCCCCUACAUCGACAACGUCAACUCCCUGCAACACUAGCUGCUAGCAGCGCUAUUGCGAUUUGCUGCGCGCGACCCGAGAGCUUUAGCAUCGUUCGUGAAGGUUCGUCGCUUCCACCAAAACCGGAACAGCUGCCCGCUCCUCCUCCCCCUUUCCACCAAGAAAAAAAAAACACGCACACUUACAAUCAACCCCGACGCGGUACUCGCGGUAAAAAAAAGACACCGGUGCAACCAUGUCGUCCAGCUGCUGCGGCACCAAGAAGCAGAAGCUCAACGGUAACUACUCGUCGGCCAACGGGUACAGCACGACCGGCACGAACAAUGCGGGGCCGCAGCGCAACGGCAUUGCCGACGCGGGCGGCGCUGCCCAGAACAAUCACAACAACUAUCACGGCCGGGGAGGAGGCGCUGCUGGUCAACAGUCCCAGCAGCAGCAGCACCAGCACCAGCAACAUCAACAGCAGUUAUCCUCGUCCUCGUCGUCGUCGUCGUCGUCCUCGUCGGGGUACAACGGCUACAUGGUGAACGGGCACGGCAAUCACCAUCUGUCCCAGCAGCAGUCGUCGAUGAUCGGCUCGAUGCCGGACAUGUGCUUCUACUGCUUCGAGGUGCUGUACCGCGAGCUGCACAACCUCGAGGAACCACGCACGCCGUGCUUUACCAACGAUCCGUUUCCACUGUUCGUGACAUGGAAAAUCGGCAAGGACAAGCGGCUGCGCGGCUGUAUCGGUACCUUCAGCGCAAUGCGUUUACAUUCAGGACUUCGCGAGUAUGCAAUAACAAGUGCUUUAAGAGACUCCCGUUUCUCGCCAAUCACCCGUGAUGAGAUCCAAAGACUGACCGUCUCGGUGUCAAUCCUGCAAGGCUUCGAGGAGGCGCGCGGUUACCUGGACUGGACGCUCGGCAUACACGGCAUCCGCAUCGAGUUCUACAAUGAGCGUGGCUCGAAGCGCACCGCGACCUACCUGCCCCAGGUUGCGACGGAGCAAGGCUGGGACCAAACGCAGACGAUCGAUUCGCUGCUGCGGAAGGGCGGCUACCGGGCCCAGAUCACGCCCGAGACGCGCCGCUCGAUCAAGCUGACCCGCUACACCUCGCAGGAGUGCCAGAUGUCGUACAGCGAGUAUCGCGAGCUGCUCGAGAAGCAAUCUCACUACCACGGCCAGCUGUGUAAGAUGCAGUGCUAACGGCAUCGCCCGACCGGCGGCACCGCGGCGACCGCCCCACGCCCUUGCCAUCGCUGCCCAACCUCCUCCUCUUCCUCCCCGUCCCUGUCUCUGCUGGCUGCUGCGGCCUCCUUCGACCUGCCCCCGCUUCCCGGCGCGUAUGGCAAGCCGUGCCGGUACUCACCGCUCUAUCCGCGCUUCGUGACGCUACUCUUAAUACGCAUUAUCACAUUUGUUUUAGGAUAGGCCAUUUGCUUUAAAGAAAAAACAAACAAUCACACGGCGCACGGCAUUUGCGGUAUCGCAUCUUUAUGCAAUAACCUGUUGCAGCCGUUGCCGUGUGCUGCCCGAAUGAAACCCUGCGCUACCAGCGCUAAGAAACACACAGACACACACACACACACACGAGGAUGGACGAAAGCGGAAGAAACUCGAAAAAUCUUAUUACACGUUAAAAUUAAAAUUACUAAACACUCUCUCCCAUACACACAGACACUAACAACCAUGGGGUUUGGAGCGUGGAAUAUACCUAGACUAUAUUAUUGUUUAGCUUUAGGUUGCGCUGUGUGUGUUUUGCUGUGUUUCCGCGUUUGCGUUUCGUUUUCACAGUUUGUUUUUCGCCCCCUUCCUGCGGUAUCUCUAAAACCUUCUUAACGUGCGUCUCGUUACGCUCUUGGCGGCGUUAGCAAAUAGGGUUUGCUUUCUUUUCUUUCUUCUCUCACUACUGUUUCGUUGCACAACGAACUAAUUAGUUUCCAACUAUCAACAGCGUGUCGUGAGGCAUACGCGUGCGGGAAGCAUGCACUGCGACCGCCAAGAGCUAAUGGGGGCAGCAGAUGGUUUGUUAAUGUUAGUACAGUUUAAUAAUGAUAUAGUUUGUUUGUUUUUUUUGCUUUCCUUACAAUCCCUUCGUCCCUAGCUGUUAAGGUAUGGUGAGCGGAGGUGCGAGUCAAGCAUUCGCAUCGCAACGCGUCAUUGUAACCCGUUCAGAGAUAAUGAGUGGGCGAGAAGAGACGAAUAACAGAUUAAAAAAACACACACACACUACCACUCCCAUUACUGCUACAGCAACAAUACGCCAAACACUGCAGGGGCUGCGAGAGCAGGAUAGUAAUGCACUCGCAACAACAACAAACAACCCCCCCACCCCUCCCCCCAAACAGAAGCCAGUGAUGCAAAUCAAGGUGCAAGAAGCGCAAAAGAUGGGGGAGGGCAUUCGCACACUAAUACGGGCAGGUUUUGUUUGUGCGCGCGUGUUUUUGUUGCAUUGAUUUUUAUCUUUCUCUUCAAAACGGGCAGGAGUUUUAGGAGUAGUAACAGCCCAAAAAAACGGGAAAAGCAAAAAUGCAAAAACACACAGCUCCUUUCCCAGCGUGCCGCUGCAUGGCGCAGGCCAAUAUUAAUAACUCAAGAAAUAACCAUAUUUAGUACAGGACACGGAAGAGAAGACCGAAAGCAGAAGCUAAACGGUUGAGCUAAACAAAAUAACAAAUACAAACAAAUGCAAUGAAAUGUUGAACCAAGAGAGAGAGAAAAGGAGAGCGCGAGAGAGAGAACAAGAGAGAGAGGGAAAACGAAAACAAUGAAAAGAAGGGGAAAACACGAAGCAAAACAACAACAAAAAGAUGUUAUACUAUAUAUUAGACAUAUGUUUAUAUUUUUUCCUCUGAUAGGAUGCGAUACACUUUAAACACGAA